AUGAGCGAUUUUCCACGUUUAAUAUGCCUCUUCAGCAUUUUCGCAAAAUUUUCAGGAAUUUCAGCUCAAAAGCUACCUUGUCCAGCGUAUUCUACCACCAACACUGCUGGAAUCUAUUCCCCUGCCAACGCGGAUUACAGCUGCCAAAAGGGUGUUUGCCGUUAUUUGACCACCUCACUGGGGAGCAGUUAUGCCUGUAUUGAUGAGAACAUUCUCUGCCCAAUCAUGAACACAAGCGUGCGCACGGAGACAAUAAUAUUAGCUGAUUCGCAAUUUUCGUGCCCAGCCGGCUUACAAUGUGUACGCGACAGAGCAAAUCCGACAACCGCUUUCUGUGUCCGCUCAUCAGCUGGCUCAACCCCUUCGCCCACAACUUCGUCACCAAAUUUUCAAACAACUAGUACAGGAUUUUCAAUGUGCCAGGACCAUUGGACUUACAACUCACAAACCGGCUACUAUUAUUGUCUACAAGACUUCACAAGCGGGAUUUAUUCCUUUGCAUAUGCCGAAAACUAUUGCGUGGCGUUUGGUGGUCAUUUAGUGUCGAUUCAUUCGGAUGUCGAAAAUGCUUAUGUUUUAAAAAUGGCGACUGCUUCCACUGUCAACCAGGUCACAAUGGCCAAUGAUGCGUGCUACGGAUCGAGAGUUUGGAUUGGCUACAGAGGCACGGGUGCAAUCGGGAAAGGAACAUGGACAGACGGAACAUCCGAUGAUUACAGCCACGGCACAGCUUUUGCACAAUCACAGUCGGCCCCAGCUAAUUACAGUUGGAUGGUGAGAAACGAUCCAGGUUGUCCGGGUCAAAGUGAUUGGGUUCCUGGUCCGAAAGUCUCUCCAUUUGAUCAGCCACUCGAUUUGGCUUUUCGUUGGAUUUGCAAACGGAAAACGACUCCA